AUGACUCUUGGGCGAGAUCUGCAUGUCUCUGUGCAAUCACUCAGCAUGAACCAUGAUUCAAGGUACAAGAAAUUCCAGAUUCACCCUUCCAUCGCAAUAGGUGACACCACUGAUAAAAUUGGCGUUACAGUCAAUGUCAAUGGAACAGUCCACAACAUGAAACAAGCUCGCAGGUAUCAUCGUUGGUGGCAGUAUACCACCAGCCUCAAUUCGUGGUUGUCCCAGUCGCGAUCGUGGAUUUUGCAGGUAGUCAUUGACUUCGUCAACGUACCCACCACUAUCAAGACUGGUCACUGGUCAUCACACUGUCACCCGUCUCCUUAUAGGCGCCACCCCGAAGAGAAAAGCAGAGAACGCUACCGAGUCUCUCGUGUGCGGAGUGGAGAUUAA